CGCGUUCGUUGAGCGGCGCGUCUCGCUGAGUUCGUCCGUUUCUCCGGUGAUUCUGUGACGGUCAUGGGCUCCCGGGACCGGUCUCUGUCUCUGCUGACCGCUGCUCUCCUCGUCCACGUGUCUCUGCAGGGGGAGCAUCAGCGACGUUUGUACAAAGACUUAAUGAGAAACUACAAUCCUCUGGAACGACCCGUUUAUAACGACUCGCACUCGCUCACCGUUAAUUUCAGCUUCAGUCUGAUGCAGAUCAUGGACGUGGAUGAGAAGAACCAGGUUCUGACAACCAACAUCUGGCUUCAGCUGUAUUGGAGCGACUACUAUCUGCAGUGGAAUACGAGCGAUUAUCCCGGCGUGAACACGGUUCGAUUCCCAGACUCCCUCAUCUGGAGGCCCGACAUCCUGCUGUAUAACAGUGCUGAUGAGAGGUUUGACGCCACAUUUCACACAAACGUGCUGGUCAACUCCUCUGGAUACUGUCAGUACCUGCCACCAGGUAUCUUUAAGAGCACCUGCUACAUCGAUGUGCGCUGGUUUCCGUUUGAUGUUCAGCGGUGCGAUCUGAAGUUCGGCUCAUGGACGUAUGGUGGAUGGUCUCUGGACCUGCAGAUGAUGGAGGCAGAUAUUACCGGAUACAUCGCUAAUGGGGAAUGGGACCUGGUUGAGGUUCCAGGCAGGCGGAAUGAGAAGUUCUAUGACUGCUGUAAGGAGCCGUAUCCUGACGUCACCUUCACUGUGGUCAUGAGGAGAAGGACGCUGUACUACGGCCUCAACCUGCUGAUCCCAUGUGUCCUGAUCUCCACUCUCGCGCUGCUGGUGUUUCUGCUGCCCGCUGAUUCUGGAGAGAAGAUAUCGCUGGGAAUCACUGUGUUGCUGUCCCUCACCGUCUUCAUGCUGCUGGUGGCCGAGAUCAUGCCCGCCACCUCUGAUUCAGUGCCUCUGAUUGCACAGUAUUUUGCCACCACUAUGGUGAUUGUGGGUCUGUCGGUCAUCGCUACAGUCCUGGUGCUACAGUAUCACUAUCAUGAUCCAGACGGAGGAAAGAUGCCACGAUGGACCCGUGUUCUGCUUCUGAACUGGUGCGCCUGGUUCCUGCGCAUGCGCCGGCCCGGAGAGGACCGCAUUCGUUUGGCCUGCCACAACAAACCCCUUCGGCGUGGGAGCGUGUCCAGCGUGGAGCUCUCCGUCAGCCAGGGGGCGCUGCAGCCCAGCAACAUGCUGUACAUCGGCAUCAGAGGCAUGGAGGGAGUCCACUACGCAUCUUCCCACGAGUCGCACAGUGUCCUCUGCGGUCGAAUCAUGGCCUCCGCCGAAGAAGACGUGCUGCUGCCGGGGGCCACCAUGCCCUCACUCGGGGGCGGGGCCGGGAUCGGGGGGGCGGUCAACAGUGACAUUGUGGGCGGGGCUUUGGAACUGGAACUGGCUAAAAUUCUGGAGGAGGUGCGAUAUAUCGCUAAAAGAUUUCGCAACCAGGACGAGGACGAGAACGUGUGUAACGAGUGGAAGUUCGCGGCGGCGGUGAUCGAUCGCUUGUGUUUAAUGGCGUUCUCCAUUUUCACCAUCCUCUGCACUAUCGGGAUCCUGAUGUCGGCACCAAAUUUCGUAGAAGCCAUUUCGAAAGAUUUCUUCACUUGAUUCUUGACGGACUUCGCUGUUUUUUUUUUUGUCGCUCAGCCGCAACUGAGAUUCUUGUCUUGGAGAGCGCUAAUAAAACAUGCUAACUAGAGCUGAGCGAUAUAUAUCGAAAGCAAGCAACAUGAUUUAAAAUUUUUAAUUUACUAUUUAUUCUUCACCAUUUUUCUUGUUCGUUAUUUGCUAUAGCAUUUAAAGAUGUUUUACUACACCGAAAAAAUGUAUUUACCUUCGCUGCAAAAAGAUUAAUCACGAUAAUAU